AUGGCCGACGCUCUAGAUGAGGCCGAGUCCUUCAUUCAUGCCACUGAAAUCUGCUCCGUCCCUAAAGAGUCUAAGGGAACAGAGACCACUGACCAUCCGCAGCGAAAGGACAAAUCGGAUAAAAAGACCAGCCGUCCGAAUGGGACAUGGGCCAUUGAAAAGAAAGGUUAUCAUACAACUCAGUCUCAAGGACUGAAGAGAGGACGUCCCUAUGAUAAAGAAAGAUUCGAGUACAACACUGACUUGUACACAAUACUGCUGGAUGUCAGUGAUAGAUAUGAGAUUGAUCGUCCGUUCCCCAUGAAGUCGCCGGUGGAAACUAGGGACAACUCUCUUUACUGUAAGUUCCACUGUGAUGUAGGACACGAAACAAAAGAUUGCAAGAGUUUGCGGAGGGCUCUUGAUGGGUUAGCCGCCAAGGGAUUCUUGAAGUCAUAUCUUAGUUCAAGUGCAGGAGGAAGUGGUAAGAAAUUCUACAAGAAAAGCAAGUCACCGUCAUACCGCCGUGACGACAAUGAUACUGAUCCAGAAAUUGUGGCCGUCAUUUCUGGGGGUCUGGCCGCUGGUGGCCCAACAAUGAGAGGUCAAAAGGACUAUGCAAGCCGAUUGGGGCAGGUCAUGUUGUCUGGAAAAGCCCCAAUGGACCACUUCCCUAAAGUGGAGAUUUGUGAAUCAGACAGGGGCAAGAUCGCCACUCCACACGACGAUCCCCUGGUUAUUGAAUUGAAGGUAGCAAACCUCAAAGUAAGGCGUAUAUUAGUAGAUACGGGGAGUUCGUCUGACAUUAUCAGCACAUCUUGUCUAAAUCGUCUUGAACAUGACCCCAAGACCAUUGAAAAGAUACAUUACCCGAUCAUUGGAUUCGGAGGCGGCAUAAUUCAUCCCCAAGGGAUAAUCACUUUGCCCCUACGAGUGGGAGGUCGGCAUCAGAGCAAGAACCUGAACGUCCGAUUUCUGAUUGUGAAAGACCUCACAGCCUAUAAUAUCAUAUUGGGGCGUCCAACUUUAAACCAGGCCAAAGCGGUGGUCGUCACUCAUCUUAUGCUUAUGAAAUAUGUUUGCGAUAAAGGCCAGGUCGGCACUAUUCAUGGUGAUCAACAGCUAGCAAGAGACUGUUAUCUCACUAUGCUAAGCCCCGAGGCUUGGGGAAAAAUUGACGAAGCACGAACAAGCUCUAAAAAAAAGCUAGAUGAGAUAGAGGAGAAAGUCAAGAAAGAAACCUUCACCAUUGCCACGGCGCACAUGGAAGCCAGACGACCUGAGCCGGUUGGUGGACAUUAUGAAGUCAUCCUCGAUGAAACACGUCCAGAUAGGACGGUGCCAGUAGGGGUCUCUCCUGACGACCAGCUUGGGGCACAUUUGGUCACUCUCCUGAGAGAAUUCCAGGACAUUUUUGCUUUUGCUGUGGAAGAAAUGCCGGGCAUCGAUCCAAGCAUAGCCGUCCACAAACUCAAUGUAGACGAGUCUUUAAAACAUGUUCGUCAGAAGAAGAGAAAUCACGGGGAAGCAAGAAACAAAGCCGCAGCUGAAGAAGUUCAGAAGUUGUUAGAGGCUGGGUUCAUUCGGCCAAGUCAAUAUCCAGAUUGGGUGGCAAAUGUAGUGCUGGUACCAAAACCCAACAAAUCCUGGAGAAUGUGUGUGGAUUAUACAGAUUUAAACAAGGCUUGCCCAAAAGACAGCUUCCCUUUGCCCAAGCUGGACCGGCUGGUAGAUUCAACGGCAGGUCAUGCUUUGAUGUCCUUCAUGGAUGCAUACUCGGGCUUUCACCAAAUUCCCUUGUGGCCAGAUGAUCAAGAGAAAACAUCAUUUGUUACUGAGCAAGGCCUGUACUGUUACAAAGUGAUGCCGUUUGGCUUAAAGAAUGCGCCGGCCACAUUUCAACGUCUGGUCAACACUGUCUUCUCUGGUCAGUUAGGGCGCAAUAUCGAAGCCUACAUUGAUGAUAUGAUAGUAAAAAGCAAGCAACGUGAAGAACACUUGGCUGACCUACGAGAAACUUUUGAAACGCUCCGAAAAUACCAGAUGAGGUUGAAUCCAAAGAAGUGUGUUUUUGGGGUGACGGCUGGAAAGUUCUUGGGAUUCCUCAUUGAUGAAAGGGGAAUCGAGGCCAAUCCUGAUAAAGUACAAGCAGUAAUAGACAUGACGUCGCCAAAAUCAGUCAAGGAAGUCCAACGCCUGACGGGAUGUCUAGCAGCCUUGGGGUGGUUCUUAUCAACGGCAGGGGAAACUUUGUAUGUAUAUUUGGCCAUUCCCGAGUGGUCCUUGAGUGCUGUCUUGCUGACUGAAAGGGAAGGAGUGCAACUCCCCGUCUAUUUUGUGAGCCAUGUCCUGCAAAACGCUGAAUUAAGAUAUUCUCCAAUUGAGAAGUUCGCACUUGCGCUGUUUAUGGCCAGCAAGAAGCUGCGCCCUUAUUUUCUGGCACACAAACUAGUGGUAUACACAGACCAGCCUUUGAAACAACCUCUUACUAAGCUAGACGCUGCCGGACGAAUGCUGAAAUGGGCAAUUGAGCUAAAUGCAUUUGAUAUCUCAUAUGAGCCUCGAAAAGCUAUCAAGGGACAAGCAUUUGCUGAUUUCAUUGCAGAGAUGACGAGGCCAAAUUUUGAAAAGAAUGUGACGACUCGCUGGACAGUCUAUGUAGAUGGCUCGUCAACCCAGAACGGGUGUGGAGCCGGCAUAAUAUGUCAGUCUCCUGAAGGAGACAAUUAUGAGUAUGCCAUGAGAUUCAAAUUCCAAACUUCCAACAAUGAAGCAGAAUAUGAGGCUUUAUUAGCCGGUAUAAAAAUGUGCAAAGCCGCUGGAGCUCAAGAGAUACUUGCCUUCUCCGACUCUCAGCUCAUUGUGAGCCAAGUAAAUGGGGACUAUGAGGCAAGGGACCCUAACAUGAUCAAAUAUAUGCAAGUUGUGCAUCAAGAAGUAGAACAUCUAAAGAGCUUCGAAGCUAAGUAG